UCUGAGCAGGACAACAUGGCAUUGAGAGCUGCAUUGAGGAGCAAGUGCAACUUGUCCGCUCUUCUUUCCCAGCGGUCUUCCUGCAGCAGUCAUGGCAGAGUAUGUGUGUCUCCUGUCCUCGUCGCUCAGCGGAGGAACAACUCCACCUCUCCUAAGAUAGAAGUGGAUUUUGACCAAAGUACGGGUGUGGCUGUGAUGCGCAUGCAGAGUCCCCCGGUCAACAGCCUCAGUUUAGAUUUCAUCACGGAGUUGUGCAUUGGUGUAGAGAAGCUGGAGAUGGACAAAAGCUGCCGAGGCCUCAUCAUCACCUCGAGCCAGCCCAAGGUAUUCUCAGCCGGGCUGGACAUCAUGGAGAUGUACGGGAAGAGUCCAGAGCGCUGUGGGGAGUUCCGGAGAGCCGUUCAGGAGAUGUGGCUGAAGCUCUACAGCUCCAACAUGGUCACUAUAGCUGCAAUCAAUGUACGUACUUCCUGUGGAAGCAGUCUUAUGUCUCUUACGUGUGACUACAGGAUAAUGGCGGACAACCUACGUUACCGCAUCGGCCUUAAUGAGACGCAGCUGGGCAUCGUAGCGCCGUUUUGGUUUAAGGACACCAUGACGAACACAGUGGGCCACCGAAACACAGAGUUGGCUCUGCAGUUGGGUUUGCUCUACAACCCGUCAGAGGCCCUGAAGAUAGGAAUGGUGGACGAGGUGGUACCUGAAGACCAGGUCCUCACCACAGCCACGCAGGCCAUGACCAAGUGGUUGGCUAUUCCAGACCACGCCAGACAGAUCACCAAGUCCAUGAUGAGGAAGCCAACCAUCGACAAGCUAACAUCCAACAGGGAGGAUGACAUCAAACACUUUGUCGACUUCAUCACCAAGGACUCCAUUCAGAAGUCGCUCGGCAUGUAUAUGGAGAUGCUUAAAAAGAGAAGGCGCUAGAGGACAUAGGGAAACGUAGAAAAUGACAUGGAUAUACACGUAUCCAGGGGGAGUUUGUGAGGUUAGUUGAAAACACAUCUGACGUCAGUGUCAUGUGCUUAUUGGUGUCAACUGCGCUAAGAUCCUUGAAUACCAGCUCACCUUCAUGACAGUGUUCAACCAGGAAGUUUGGCGGAGAGAUACCCAGGAUUGACACCAAUGAUUCAGUGACAAAUCCAUGUUUUCUAUCCAAAUUUCUAUGUACUUUAGUUAAAGUAACAUCAGUAAAUUACAAUGUACUUUCAAACCUUCCGCUCAAUCGGAGAAUAUUUUUGUAAACUAAGGACAUGCUAACAUGUCCCCUCCUUAGGGGGGCGCCAGGAUUUGUCUGCUCUGAGGUUGUCAAACUUAGGUUUGCUCAUGUAUAACUAAAAUCAGAAUAACACAAUUGCUGGAUAAUUUAAACAAAAGUCUGUAUAUAAAACUGUUUAAAAAGAUAUACAUUUUUUGCUACUUGGAAGCAAAAUCUAACAAAAUAUUCUGCUGCAGUCCAUAUUUGUUGGCGUUUAGCCUUUCAAAAACAAAAUUUUACGGUGGUCAAAAAAACGAUUUGCUCUCCCGCUUGACACAUACAAAGGAAGCCCACACCUGUAUUAAUGGGACAGUCUAGCAGCAAUCAAAUAACACCAUAAAUUACAUUUAUGUUUUUAACCACAAUAACAAAAAAAAUAUUUUGGCUCUAACAUUAUUAUAGUAAAUUUAUGAAGUUGUUACAAACCGCUAUUUAAAUCCAUUCAUUACACUUCUCAGCUCAUGUGUUCUUGGUUUUGGAAAAGCAACCUAUGAUUGUUGAGCUAUGAUUGGACAAUUGCUGUUUGGGGGAGGGGUUUAGUGAACAGUCAGUUAUUGCCACAGACAGGUCUCCAACAAGUGUCUAGCUUUACUGUACCUUCAAGAACCAUAACAACUAAUGGAAGUGUCCUUGGGUGCAUUUGAACAGCCCACAGUGGGAAAAGCCUUUUGUGAUCUCUGAAUAAAUGGGUGUAUUUACUGUAUGUGGUCAGAGGAUUUAAUGAUGUGAUUAAAGAAUGAGUUGAAGGUGUCAAAAUCACUGUCACUUUAAUUUUUGGCUGUAUACUUUAUCUUACAGGGGACCUAUUAUGCUUUUUCCCUUUCCUUUAGUGGGUUAUAUAGUUUUUUGUGCAUGUAAAUAAAAGGUCUGCAAUAUUA